AUGGCGGCAGCGGCCAACGGGACCCAGCUCAUUGAGUAUCGAGACUCCCUCAGCAAAGCAGUGCUCAAGAAUGUACUGGUGCUCGCCAUCGGACUGUCCAUCAACUACAUCAACGCCAGCCUCGUGUACACCUUCUGCAAACACCAGAUCUUCUACUGCAACCCUCGCUACAUCCUCUUCUUCCACCUGGUUGUGAACGACAUGAUCCAGAUGAGCGUGAGCGUCAUCCUCUUUGUGAUCAGCUACACCCUUUAUAGGAUCAGCGUCCUAUCGUGCACCCCCUUAAUCCUGAUGGCUGUCAUCACCGGGGAGAACACGCCCCUCAACCUGGCGUGCAUGGCGGCCGAGUGCUACGUGGCUGUGUGCCUCCCGCUUCACCACACCCGAAUUUGCACGGUCAGGAGGACUCUAGCCCUCAUUGCCUUGUUCUGGGCAAUCAGCGUCAUCUCCACCUUCCCGGAUCUCUUUGUCACUCUGGCCUCUGAGCCUCUGGAGUUCUUCUCCUCCAGAAUCUUCUGCCUCCGAGAGACGGCUUUCCCCAAUCCGUUGCUGGCUCAGAAGCGGGACAUCACCUACAUUGUCUACCUGGUCCUGGUGUGGUCAGUCAUCUUCUUGCUGUAUUUCAAGAUCCUCUUCACGGCCCAAACGGCAAACAAGGAUGCCAAGAAGGCUCGGCGCACCAUCGUCCUGCACGGCGUUCAGGUUCUGCUGUGCAUGACCAUGUACACCGAGGCUCUGGUCAAGAUGGCUCUGCUCCGCUGGUUCCCCAGGAACUACUCGGACUCGCUGUUUGCCUGCUACGUUGUGGUUCAGUUGUUACCCCGUGCCAUCAGCCCCAUCAUAUACGGCGUGCGUGACAAGUGCUUCAGGAAGUACCUCAAACACUACCUGGUCUGGAAGAGCGGCCAUGUGUGACUUUGCACUCGGAACAACAACACUGUGUCUCACCAUGACAUCGGUCCUACUUUCAAGCACCUUCACCAGAGGACUCGAGACUGCAACUUUUUCUCCAACAUGUUUUUGCUUGAAAAAUCACCGUUCAAAUGUAGCUUUGACCUAAUAUGUUGUAUUUAUUGACUUCUGACGGGUCCCCAGUUGUUGUGCGCCCCAUACCGAGGA